AUGAUGUUUCAAGGCUUUGAAGGUGCUAUUCUAGUGGAGAGAGUGAAUCAUUUCAUAUGUAAAGAGUAUGGAUCUGAACAAGAAAGAAAGAAGUGGGCUGAAGAUAUCAUCAAAUAUCUGUGCGAUAUAGGUUGCGUCAAUACUCCUCAUUGGAAUAAGUUAUUGGAUAUUGGUGACUUUGAAACUUUACCUGAGGUUUCUCCCUGUGAAUCACUAAUUUUGCAGAAGACUAUUGCCCAUGAAUAUGCCGAAGCAGUUGCACUUUUGGAGACCAAUGAUAUCGCCAUAGCUACACACUGCCGCAACCUGGAGGCAAUUACAGAAAUUUUAAUACUGGAUAGGAAUUUCAGAGAAUUGGAAGAGAUUGAAUAUCAAAUUACAGGAAUCAAUUUUAGUCGUCAAGAGAGUUUAGGGGAACAAGAAGCUAAUGCUUUGAGAAGAAUUAAACUUUUGCUUUGUGCUAGUCUUUAUCUUAGGGGGAAGUAUUUUGAUUGUUCUAAUUGCUUUUUCAAAUUGUUAACUAACGAUCAUAAGAUGAUGGAUUUCCUGAGUCAAGAAGCACCCAAGAAAUUUCUAACCAAUUCAGAAGUGUUGAUGAUGGUUCAAAUAUCGACGUUGCUCGCCAUUCCGCUCGAUAAUUAUGAAGAUUUCACACAUAUUGAAGAAUUAGUACCGUUCCAAAAAGUAUGUCCGUCACUUUACCACUGUCUAAGACUUUUGAUAAAUACAAGUUUUGGUAAAUUCUUCCAACUUUGGCAUGGCGACAUAAAUGAACAAUGUGAUCAGAGUUUUUUCUUAGAUCAAAAUUGGGGGGCUGCACAAUGUAUGAUGAGGGAGAAGAUUUAUUUCUUCUAUCUAAGAGUUUCCAAUUAUAUCGAAAUCAGUUAUUUGUCCCGAAUCUUGGGUAUUGAAGAAUCUCUAGUGAAGAAAGAAGUGGAAAAUUUGAUAAAUUCUAUGCAUCUAAGUUUUGAAAUACAAGGAGAUACUGUACGUUAUAAGCGUUCAUUCUUCUUAGAAAACGUGGUUAGUCAAUUGCAAUUGAAUGAAAAAUCGAUAUUAUCCAAAUUAGAGUCUCAAAGGUUGAGAAAUAGAGAAAUGAGAGAUCUCUUACAGAGUAUGAUUAUUGGUAACGACGAGAAUAACCGAAGUAUCGCUGGCGAUGCACUUCUCAGAUCAGAUAGGCGUGAACUUAGUCGAGAGGAUAGUGAAAUGAUGGAUGUUGAUGAGAUCAAUGAUGUAAGCGAUAUGGAUAAUCAAUCGGUGGAAAUUGGAAAUUGA